GAUGGCGUCGCUCAUUGACAACUAUGAGCAACAAUACGCCGUUUUGACAGCUGACAUUACUGCAAAAAUCGGUAGAAUAAGAACACAAAGCGGCAAUGAGAAAAGAGCAUUUAUUCAAGAUGUGGACAGGCAGAUUGAGGAGGCUCAAGAAUUGCUUGAGCAAAUGGAAUUGGAGGUUCGUGGGGUGAACGGUGCAGCCCGUGACCGCUUACGUGGCCGAGUAGAAAGUCAUAGAGCAGAAUUAAAACGGCUGACACAAGAGUUUCAGUCAGCCAAAAAGCCAAAGGAUGAAAGUAUUGAAAUCAAUAGGGAAGAUUCGUGGGAGAGUAGUAUCACAGAGGAUCAAAAGAAAAGAUUAUUGGAUAGCUCAGAACGAAUAGAUCGUACAGGAAGAACCUUACAGAAUGGGUAUCGAAUGGUAUUAGAAACAGAAGACAUCGGAUCUCAAGUAUUAAAAGAAUUGCACGAGCAGAGGGAAACAAUCCACAGAGGCAGGGGAAGAUUAAGAGACACGGAUGCAGAGCUGGGUCGUGGUUCGCGGUUACUCUCAGGAAUGAUUUUUAGAAGCUUUCAGCAACGAGUUAUUUUAGCGGCAGUAGCAUUAACGCUCGUACUUGUCGCUUGUAUCGUCAUGUUUUAUAGCUUUGUAUCUAAAAGCUAAAAAGACGAAUAGCACCAUUUUUUCGAUUGGAAUAUCGACUCAGAAGCUAUAUUUAUUAUUCAGUGAGUUUCAAGUGUUAUAAUUAUCGCUUGCAACGUUCGUUAGGGGAUUAUUAAAUUAUAUAUCGAAGGAAUGUCAUACCAUGUCCUUUUAUUAAUCACUUGUUUGGAGCAUUUAAUAUUAUAAUUUAAGUAUUUUAUACUCCCGAAUUUUAACCACAAUUAUGGUACCAAUGUAGAUCUCGUAUUAUUACGCACCAAGGAACGCUUAAAUUUGACGGAAUGCCGCCA